GCCAUUGCCACCAUGCACCACGUACCACUCGCUUUGCCCAAUCCUUGCAGCUCUCCUCGCCUCACUCCCCUCCAAACCAACCAAUGGUAGCCAACGUCUGAACCCCAUGCGCGCGACACACGUGCUCGUCUCCUCCGUUUUCCUCUUCCUCCUCGCGAUCUGCAUCGUCGCGCUCCUGCCGCCACGCGGGUCGCCUUCGCCAUGGUCGUCGUUCUUCCAGUCUUGGCAGCUGCAUCCGGUCAGCAGCAGAAGCAGCACGGAGCACAACAGCGCCGGCGGUGGCGGUGGAGGAUGCGACUAUUCGGACGGGCGAUGGGUGAGGGACGACGCCACCGUGGCGGCGUACGGGGAGGACUGCCCAUUCCUCGACCCCGGCUUCCGGUGCAUGCGGAACGGCCGCAACGACUUGUCCUUCCGGCACUGGCGCUGGCAGCCUCAUCGCUGCCACAUCCCUAAGUUUAACGCGAAGGAGAUGCUAGAGAGGAGCCGGAACGGCCGGAUCGUGUUCGCCGGGGACUCGAUCGGCCGGAACCAGUGGGAGUCUAUGGUGUGCAUGCUCGCCGACGCGGUGCCGGCUGGCGCGUCCAGAGUGUACGAGCAGUCCGGGAAGCCGAUCAGCCGGCACAAGGGCUACCUCUCCAUGGUUUUCGCCGACUACAAUCUCUCCGUCGAGUACUACCGCGCGCCGAUGAUCGUGAUGGUGGACCGCUUCCCGGCUAACGCGACAGGUGACAGCGGUGGCGGCGUGAGGGGAGCCGUCCGGCUGGACGUGCUGGCACGGCACGCGGACCGGUGGGCCGGCGCCGACGUGCUCGUGCUCAACACUGGGCACUGGUGGAACCUGCACAAGACCGUCAAAGCAGGAAACUAUUUCAUGGUCGGCGACCGCUUGAACAAGACCAUGGACCUCAAGGAAGCAUUUCGACUGUCUCUGCAAACUGUGGAAGAUUGGGAGUUGAGUAGUGCUCGAUCUUCAGAAAGCUAUUUCUUCUUCAGGAGUUAUUCUCCUUCGCAUUAUCGCAAUGGCACAUGGGACACAGGUGGUUCGUGCGCCGAGCAACGGGGUCCACUGACCACUAACGACCACUCGGGUGAAGAUCACUCGUGGAUCAACGCGAUGAUCGUAAAGACGACGGAAGAUAUCAAGAGACACGGAAGGAAGGCACGGUUCUUGAACAUCACCCACAUGACGGUGCUCAGACCGGACGGCCACCCGUCACGGCACCGGGAGCCGGGAACGCCGCCGGACGCGCCGGAGGACUGCAGCCACUGGUGCCUGCCGGGCGUGCCGGACAUGUGGAACGAGGUCCUCUACGCACAUCUUGUGCAUGUGGGGUAUGACACAAGAAGAAAACAUAGAUGAUUAGUUGUGUUUGUCUUUGGUACGUACAUUGAUCGAUCUGUACCGGCUUAAUUAGAGUAGUUUGCUCGUAUAAAACUAACUUGAAACGUGCUCCUUGAUGAGCACCCGUC